AUGAACCCCCUCUUCGCCACCAGCCGCGCGGCUCUGCGCGUGAGCUCCUCGUCCUUCCGCCACCUGUGCGCAUCCAGAGUCGCCGGGUUCGCCUACCACUCCUAUCCGCUGCCGUCCAAGAUCCCCGAGCCCCCAACAAGCGACAACAUCUCCAAGCCGUCCGCCGCCGCCACCACUCAGCAAGAAGCCCUCCCCCGAGUCCACGAGACGCGGCCGCCGCCGCAGCACGAAGCCGCCCCCAAGCCCACAGCUCCGCCGCAGGUGCAGGCCGCGCCGCCUUCAACUUCUUCAACAGCAGCCUCAGAAUCAUCCACAGACGCCAAGGCCAGCGAGGCGGAUGCGCAAGAGGCCAAGCCUGCUGCGCGGCCCCGGUCGAAGCUGCGCGCGCGCAAGGCGGCCAUGAAGCUGACGCCCGCGGCCGUCGAACAGCUGCGCUCGCUGCUCAACCAGCCCGACCCGAAGCUCAUCAAGGUCGGCGUGCGGAACCGGGGCUGCAGCGGGCUGGCGUACCAGCUGGAGUACGUCGACAAGCCGGGCGCCUUUGACGAGCUGGUGGAGCAGGACGGCGUCAAGGUGCUGAUUGACAGCAAGGCGCUCUUCAGCAUCAUUGGCAGCGAGAUGGACUGGGCCGAGGAUAAGCUGAGCCAGAAGUUUGUCUUUAAAAAUCCCAACAUCAAGGAGCAAUGCGGUUGUGGAGAAUCGUUCAUGGUGUAG